AUGCCGCCCUGGACUUUGCGUAAAGCUAUCCGGAUUGCCCCAAGAGGAAUUUCGAGCGACCGACCGAUGGCCGCCGAGAUCGAGUGGCUCUUCGAUGGUGCGACGACGCCCGUGACGCCGUCGACGCAGCAGGGCUACGCCUGGCCGCUCGAGAAGAAGCUACGCGAGGCCACGGCGCAGUUCGUGUUUGACCUCACGGCCAAGAUGCACAUGCCCCGGGCGACAGCGACCACGGGCCUCGUGUACAUGAACCGCUUCUUCUGCGUGCACGCCUUCCAGGACCACGACCGGUUCCUCGUCGGCGCCAGCUGCGUGUACGUGGCGGCAAAAGCCACCGAGUGCGCGAUGAAGCUCACGGACUUUACUGAGCGCACGGUGAUUUUGCUGGACGACUGCCGGGACAAGUCGCAGAUGCCACACGCCGCCGAGAUCGAGCACGUCAAAGCCAAGCUGCGCCAGUACGAGGUCAUUCUGCUCAACACGCUUUCGUACAACCUCAUCGUUUCCAACCCGUACCACCUCGUGCUCCUCAAGCUCGAAAACGUCCAGGCCGUGCUGCCCAUGCCCCUUGACGACGUCCGCGAAUUGGCUUGGCUCUUUGCCACCGACGCCAUCCGCGGCAUCCUCGGCGUCCAGUUUACGAUGGAUGAGAUCGCGGCCGGCAGCGUCUACCUCUCCUACGUCUUCCACGAAAUCCCGUGGGACACGACGACUCCCGACAGCGGCGAGCGUUGGUGGACCGUCCUCGGCUUGCCGCAAGCCGACCUGGACUGCGUGAGCGCCGCGCUCAUUGGUCUCUACGCCGGUCUGACGGAGCGCCUGCCCGUGCCGUUCCGGAACCUCAUGAAGCACUACCCGACGACGACCAAGUACAAACCGAGCACGUCCCAGCCUCCGAGCAGUCAACGGCAAAAGCCCAAGCAGCAGAGCAACAGUAGCAGUGCUAGUCGUCAUCAUACUACGACGCGCUAA